AAACAAAUGGAAGUGACGAUUAAAGGAACAUAUGAGACAGAAGAGUGAAGUAGCUGGUCUCGGAGUGGGUGCCGUGCUCCUCUGUGCCACCGUUGCUGCCACCAAAGUCGAUGCUUUCUUCUCUUCUUCUCAGCGCAGAUCCUUGAAUUAUAAUGCACUCAUUAUGAAGGGAAAUGUGGUGGCUAGAUUUUUACGCACAAAAUGCUCAUUCGGGAUGUGCAAGCGAUGUGGCAAUCUGAGGCAAUUGGCUUGCUCCACAUGCAAAGGAACCAGGUCGAUCAGAGAAGGGGGAAUACUUGGUAUUAAACUUGUAGAAGAUUUGUAUGAAACAAUUGGUAACAGUGAAUCAAAGGUGAAGCAGAUAGCAUGUGUAAAAUGUCAAGCCAAAGGUUACUUUUCAUGUCCUAAUUGUUCUGAACUAUAAUCACUGUGGUUUUAUCUUCUAUAUACCUACAAGGAUUUUUUACCAAAACAUUCAUUUUCGAUAUGUAACAUUGUGAGUUGUUAUUAUAGAUGGUGGUUGUGACUGGAAGCAGUUUAUCUUCUGCUCCUCUUGUAAAUUUGCUUCAUGCCUUGUUACUAGAACAAGCAUAAUUUUAAUACUGCUUCUAUGCCAGGAUUUCUGGUAUGUUUUGUCUAUCAGUUGUUUUCCUUUUACA